UAAAGUGCGCGUUCAUAGCAACUCAAGAAGUGUAAUUCUUAUGAAAACGUUUCACAAUCAUUGAUAAUUUUCUAUGCUUUUAUUAUGUGUCAUAGUUUUAGCCUUAUAAAUCACGUAAUGCAUUAUUAUUCAUUUUUUAUUUAAAUGAUUCAGACUUUGUUAGUUUGACGCAGUUAAGCAUUAUCAAUAUGUUAUUCGUUUCCGUGUAGCCCCUAAUAGCGUACAAUUAUCAAUCGAUUGAAAGUUAGGUAUAAAAGUGGAAACAAUGGAUCUUGCUUUUGUUGAUAAAUUUCUGAAGAGCAGUCAGGAUGAGAGAAAAUCUGCGGUGUGUAAAGUGGUCACCAAAAGUGACGGACCGCCAAGCACGUUUGAAGAAUUCUUGGGUGUAGAGGGUCUGCUUGAUUGGCCAAAUCAAGUGAGUACUGAAGGUCCGCUUAAUAUCCAGUCUCAAAUUUUGCUUCUUGGAACACAAGAUGACAUUUCUGCCCUACUGAGAGAGUCUGCUCCUCUGAGUCUGCACAUCUUAGAAGACAUGGAAAAACGUCUCGAUGGAUUGGAGGCCAAUCUGAACCGCUACGCGAGUGAAAUCCUCACGGAAGACAAACGUGAAUCUCGACUCGCGGACCGCCUCUUUCACUCACCAACACGAACUUUUCUUACAGAAGUCACAGAGUCCGAUGCUGUCAAGUCACACUCCAGUGCUCGGGGUGCCAAGAGUUCAGAUUUCGUUGAAUCUGUCAUGGACACGAGAAAGAAAAGUCUGGAUUAUUGUUCGUUUCCGGGAUUCCGUCAUGGAGAAUUGGUUGAACUCCCAGGUCAGAUGGAGGCUCCACCCAUUUUACACCGAGUCACCAAUGCACAGGAUUUCAAUCCUGGUUUCAAGAAAUUCUGGAAGAAACUGUUUUUGUCAGAAGCAUCUGUUGCCAUCAUGCAGGAUUCCUUCUGGUGGGUUUAUCUGCAUAUGUUUAAUUUGGAGGAUGGACACCAGAGACACAAGGAUCAGCUGUUUGACCGAAUCGCCGACAGCUUUGUGGCCCUGUUCACCACCAUCAACACCGACGUCAAAGACAAGUUCCUGUCAGCAUAUCCCGACUGCCUGGCUCAGUCUGUGUACAUCACCUUCCUGGAAGCAUUCCCAGAAUCAGCACAUCUCUUUAAUGACAGUGUUAAACAGGAACUGGUUAACUUGGUCCAUGAGUGGAUCACAGGUUUGAAGCCGGUUCCGUGCACGUGGAAGAAGUGGAAUGUUGACCGUCUGGAAUCGAGGUCAAACAAGACGCAGGAGUCGGAGACAUCGGCAGCCGCACAACAGAUGAUGAGUGCCGCAGCUCUCAACAAAGAAGUUCAUCUAAGUCUUGACAUGGAUUCCUUCAUGAAGGUGAUCGACAAGAUGGGUGAUCAGACGAUAAGCAGUGCCACACCGCAGGGCACGUCCCGUGAGAAAAGCAGCGCACUGACCCAGUCAUUGAGAGUCUCAGGAACACCGCAGUCCAAGGUCUAUCGAAUAAAAUGUGCCAAGGAAUCUCACCUCAUCGGACCUGGCCCUGACUACGAGCGGGUGAUGUUUAACACACAGGGCCGCAGCCCCCUCAUCUCUCACUACCUCAACAUGAGACAGCUCCGAUCCUACAAACAGCCCGGCAAGAAAGUGCGGCGGACCGAGAUAGCUAAAAUGCCAGAGGAGGGUCAGACAUACCAGGAACUGAUUCAAGAGAAACUCUGCCUGUCAGAACGUCUUGGUAAAGAAUACCAAAGAAUAUGUGAUCAAACGACCCACGAAAUCAACGAACUGGAAAAGAAGAAGACUAAUAUGAAUCGUCAGAUAGAUUACCUGCAGAAAGAACUCACUUUCAUGAGGAAUCCGGUCGACAUCAAGGUUCUCGGUGAACGUGCCCUCGAUCUCUUGGAUCCGAACCGCGACACAAGUCCGAUGUUUGGCAGUGAGAGGACCCCCUCACAGUCUUCAUCAUCAACGUCAUCGUACGAUGUCACAGAAGACCAGGAAGUCAAAGAAUGACAAAAACAAUUCCUCAAACUUUCUAUUGUUCUGGAUGUACGAUACGCCUAUAACAGCUUUCUAUUGUUCUGGAUGUACGAUACGCCUAUAACAGCUUUCUAUUGUUCUGGAUGUACGAUACGCCUAUAACAGCUUUCUAUUGUUCUGGAUGUACGAUACGCCUAUAACAGCUUUCUAUUGUUCUGGAUGUACGAUACACAUAUAACAGCUUUCUAUUGUUCUGGAUGUACGAUACGCCUAUAACAGCAGUUGCGUCAGGUUAAAGCAACAGAAGUAAAAUAACAGGCAGUGCCAUUUCCCUUAGUUUUACUACACUAAUAUCUGGUUCCAUUUCACAAGCUAUUCACAGUUAGUUUUAGGUGAGGGGAUGUCUCAACCUUUUUCAUUUUAAUUUAUGAAGAAAUAAAGUAUCCUUUUAAAUUAGUUUGUAAUUUUAAAGAAAAAAAAUGUCAAUUUUAACUUUGGAAAAAACAUUGCCAAACUAGUCUGUUAAAACUAGAAUCAGGGUGGUGAAAAUAAUUAGAUUUCAAGAAUAAAACCCUCUCUAGUAUCAGCAGGCAUUGAAAAAAAGAGAGAAAAUUGUUUAGGUUACCACAUGUUGUUAAAGUCAAGAACGAUACAUUUUUCUCGUAAAAUCUUUAUUAAAUAAAAACAGCACAUAAGUUUGGAUCAGUUAUGUUUUAUUCAAAUAUAAUAUACACUUAGAAAUAACAAUGAUGAGAACAAUAAUAUAACAAGUAAUGUAAAAUAUUACUUCAAUAUUAACAAUGAGAAAUAUAAAUUAGUUUUACCCUGUAGGCUACCAGGUAACCUGUACAUUGGUAUAUUUUGGUGUCUGGAUUAAGACAAAACCAUAUAUAUUUUUCAGAGAAAAAAGCAAAAACUGCUAAACUUUAAAAAAAAAAAGUAACUUCAAAAUCAAAUAGACAUGUGCCUAACAUUAGUCAUGAAAAGUGAAUUUCCUUUAUGGUGUUCAAAAUUCCUUGGCAUUCAUUUAUUUAAUGGUGAAAAUAACAAGUUAAUACAUGUAUACACUAGAAUCUGUUUAUAUGUAAAAAAAAAAAUAACCCCAACAAAAACACCCUUUUAUCUGCUGUUCAUGGCUGUCAGUAUUUAUUGCAUUAAAUAAAAUUGAAUGCUA